CCUACAUCAGAUACAGCCCUACCGAGAUCUUUCUCUGAUGACUUAAAAUUGAAGCAAGACGAAAUAGCCAACACAAUCCAGCUCUUGAGAAGAUCACAAUUAAGAUUCCUGAGUUACAAAAACAAAACUGCAAUCCCUACUCAAGUGAAGACAGACAUUUGGAAAAGCCUGCUAAUGAAAUGAGCGAAGAUAACACCAACAUCUCUGAGAGCAGCAAUCAAACUGAAGAAGGAACACCAAGUCUGAGUGAGGCUGAACGCACCUUUAAAGUUGUCUUCUAUUGCUGUCUGUUCAUUUUUGGAUCCUUGGGAAACCUUCUGGUCAUCUUGGUUGUAAAAAGGAAAUUAAAAAACAGACGAACUAUAAAUGACUACUUCAUUUUAAAUCUAGCAGUGGCAGAUUUAGCUUUCUUAUGGUUGUCCCUACCUUUCUAUACGUACGACCUUUAUCAUCCGUUUAACAAGAAUUUAUUUUAUUGCAAACUGAUUUGGCCAAUGAUGUCGGUUACUCUGUCUGUGAGUGUUUUCACGUUAACUUCAAUGGCAAUUGAACGGUGUCGAGGGAUCACAAAUCCUUUGCAACCAAGAAUCAAGCUGCAGGCCACAUUGAUAUGGAUUUUCCUUAUAUGGAUCUUCGCCUUCUUCACGAUUGUUCCGCUAAUCAUUGCGGCGCGUUCGGGGGGUGUUCUUUGUACUGAACAUUGGCCGAAGUUUGCAUAUCGCCAGGCCUACACUGCAGUACUAUUUGCAUUUCAAUACGUGCUGCCUCUAUCCAUAAUCGCCAUUGCGUACCUGAGAAUCACCAUGCGUUUAAUCACUUCCCGGUUACCAAUGCGAACUUCAAUAAACUCUCGUGGUCAGGUUAUCAGACAGAAGACCAGGAGCGAAAACAUUCAAAUUAUCAGAACUCUGGCGGUUAUUGUGACUCUGUUUAUGGCCUGUAUGUUACCCAAUCAAAUUGCGUGGGUGCUUUUAGAUUUUGGAGGUGCCUCGUAUACAGGGCUCACUAAAGCUUUUUGGACAUGCGCAGAGGCGUUGCUAUUCCUACACGCAUGCGUGAACCCGAUUGCAUAUGGUUCUUUAACCGGGCAGUUUCGUCAUGGGUAUGCUCGACUUUUCCGAUCCAUCUUCUGCUGCAAAGGAAGACGCUUAGCCUUUCCCAAUCCUUCUGAUAACCGAACGAGCGCGAAACAUUCAAGAAAAAACCACAACGGUGUUAUAGUGCACGGUUCUUUAAAAUGCAAGAGCGUUAUUGAAAACACUAACGCUACCCAACUUAACAUGCAGUCUUCUCCUACUUUAUCCAUAACUGGAGAAAGAACUAUGCAUAGAAACAGCUUAUCUGGUUUCUUUCCUCAGAUUUUAAAGACCACGAACAUAGAUGUGACAAAUACAAACGAAACGAGAGAUCGCGAAGCCAAAGCAGAAACGAGUUUGUCGUAUACAAACUCUGCCUUGGAAGCAUCUGAUGAGGAAAAUAGUGUUAAAGAAACAAGAUUUUAAAUAACAUCUGUCAUAUCUUUCAUACAAUUUAAGAAUCUCCUCUCUUAGAAUUUGCUGAGUGAAACCAUGAAUAAGAGCCUAUUUCCAAUGGGUUUCGAAAAAUUAAAAGAAAGCUAGUCACAACUACCAGAAAGGGAAGGGUUGGAUAACACAGAGAUUCGAUGAGAACUCGAAGUGAAUAGAGGCCGUGUGUCAUGAAAGAAACCUCGUUAACUCGAGAAUGUAACCAAGUCACGAAUGGAUUGUUUUUGGAGUGGUUUGGCUAGGAAGAUGGCGCGCGUUUUUUUUUGACCAAUGACAGACAUCAACGAUCAACAUCAAUUCCCUACUUAUGUGGCCACGCCGUAAAAAUUGGCUGUGAACGAAACAAGCAAGCUGAGCCAUUAAUCAACAAGAGCAAUUAAUUAAUCGUAAUUAGGAAUAUUUUAAGACCUGACGUUUAGAUGACGAAUGAAAGCUCCUCAAUUUGCAAGUAAGAGCAUUUUCAAUUGAGCGUUGAAAGCCGAAACCAAAGUAAUUACGUAUAGCUACCAAUAAGAAAAUGCUUAACAUUAGCAUUAACCAGCUAGAACUCGAAGUAAAAACAGGCAACCUGCUUGAAGCGAGUAAAAACGCGAGUUACCAAGUUGGGAUUAGUUCUAGUUUUAAAUCUGAUUGGUUAAUGGAUAGGGUGGCGUGAGUCAUCUAGACCAAUCGCUGAGCUAGGUGAAGCAAAGCCAAAGCAGUUAUGCAUCAGUUUCGAUACUCAAUUGAAAUUGCUCAAAUGAUCGAUAGCCAAUAUUCAAGUGCAUUUGCAUCAAAAUGGUGCCUAACAAAAUGAACACCAAUCCCUACAAAUAACAAACAUCAAGCAAGUAAUCAUUCCUCGAGAGUGUGCCGUUAGAGGUCAUAGUCUUCCUCCAAUCAAACACAAAAGACCUACCUAGUAAUACCAUCGAUCAUUAAAAAUUAUGAAAUACUUCUAAAUAAACUGAUAAUGA